GUUUGACUUUACAGAAAAAAACAUAGUCAACAAAUGCAAGAUUAUUUGUAGGAAAAUUUAGUUUGUGAGGAUGUUUAAUGGCGCUGUGUCCCUUUGGGUUCUUCCUCUGAUCCUGUUGCUGGGGAAUGCACCUUUCUGUCUUUCCAGCCUCUUCUCUUCACUAGUUGACUUGCAGACAGACAGGACGGAUUACUAUGAAUACUAUGAUGAGCAUGUCCCGCCAGAAGAGAGCACCCCCACCACAGACAGAGAAUACCUCACAUAUCCCGACUGGUUCUACGAAUACUUUGGCUACAACGAUCCAUGCUCGUCCAAGCCUUGCAAGAACAAUGGUGAGUGCAAAAGAAAUAGAAAUCGCUGCACCUGCCUCUGCCCUAUGCCGUAUGCCGGAACUAGGUGUGAGAAAGUGAAAAACGUGUGUGAGAGGAAUAGCUGUAGUAAAGGAGACUGCCUUAUAAUGCUAACUCCACCUUAUUCUCAGUGCACUUGUAGACAUCCCUACAAGCCACCAUACUGCAACAAAGUAUCUUCAGCUUGCAAACCAAACCCAUGUAAAAAUGGAGGCGUCUGUCAACAGCGGAGAAUCAGAUCAAAAUUCUCCUGCCAGUGUGCUGAACCCUUCAGAGGGAGGUUCUGUGAAAUAGGACCAGAGGACUGUUAUGAACAGGAUGGCCAUGAAUACAGAGGGAAAGUGAGUCAAACAAGGUCUGGGGAGACAUGCCUUCAUUGGAAUUCUAACUUGCUCUUGGACGAGAGUUAUAAUGCAUUUAUGGAGGAUGCUAAGUAUUAUGGGAUCGGUGAACAUAACUUCUGCAGGAAUCCAGACGGUGAUGUAAAACCCUGGUGCUUCAUCAAAACAGAUAACAAGGUGAAAUGGGACUCCUGUGACGUUUCACCCUGCUCAGCAACAGAAAAGACUCCAGUGACUACAGUUGCCCCAGCUGUUCUUCCUAUAGCGGGUAAGACAUUCAAUAUGUGUGGACAGCCAGAGGCUGAGAGAAUGCUCAAAAGGAUUUAUGGUGGGGCCAAGACCGUGUCUGGCAAACAUCCCUGGAUGGCAUCUCUACAGAGCAAGCGUUCAUUGGGGCCCCCUAUGCCAAAGGGACACUUCUGUGGAGGAGCUCUGAUUGAACCAUGCUGGAUUCUCACUGCUGGACACUGCAUUCAAUUUCAAGCAGACAACCUGCAAGUGUUCCUUGGAAAGCAAGAUCUGGAGAGGACAGAGCACCAGGAACAAAAAUUUGAUGUGGAGAAGAUAAUUCGUCAUGGACAUUACAAAGAAAGGGAUGAUAUUCCAUUCAAUGAUAUUGCUUUGCUUAAGCUGAAGCCAGUUGAUGGCCAUUGUGCUCUAGAAACGAAGUACGUAAAAGCUGUGUGUUUGCCCAAUGCUCCAUUUCCUGAUGGAACUGAAUGCUACAUCUCAGGAUGGGGAGUUACUGAAACAGGUGAAGGAUCUCGUCAGCUGUUAGAUGCCAGAGUAAAGCUGAUCUCCAAGACGCGGUGCAAUGCACGGUGUGCAUAUGAUAACAAACUGGAUGAAAGCAUGCUUUGUGCAGGAAAUCUGCAGGCACCAGGAAUUGAUACUUGUCAGGGAGAUUCUGGGGGUCCUCUAACCUGUGUACAAAAUGGUUCCUAUUAUGUCUAUGGAAUUGUGAGCUGGGGUGAACAGUGUGGUUUAAAAGAUAAACCAGGAGUUUAUACCCAAGUGACAAGAUUCCUCAAUUGGAUUAAAUCAAAAAUUAAGCAGGAGUCCAGUUCACGCGAGUAAGCGACACUUUCUGGAAAGGCAAAUGCUGCAUUUUCCUGCGCUUAACUUGCAGAAUUUCUGAAGCAUCAGGGUUGACGCUGACCUGCUGGGAUCCUCCUGCCUCUGCCCGUUCCUGCAAAACCAAAUCAACUAAGUUGUGGGGAAGAGCCAACAUAAAAGGAAUGUUUUAUUAUCCUGUCACAGCUGAAUUUAAAAAAAUCCAUCUGGCACAAAAAUGAGCAAAAUAAGGAUUAUUACUGCACUUAGGCCAAACUCCUGCCCUUAGCUAUGUGAAAAUAGCUAACACAGUUGUGUAGCUGAGGGCAGAAUUUUGCUACUGGGUCGCCAUUUCUAAUUUACACCCUAAAUAAGGAGCAAGCAGUCGAGAGCGAUGGGGCGGUAUCUCUGUGAAGGGCAGAUGAGUCCUAUGUGUGGGACUCAAGCUGUCUUAUUCAAGUAAUAGACUUAUAAUUAUUCCCCCUCAUCACUUUGCAGAUGGGGAGUAUACAAUGUGUGUCUUAUAUUUCUCUUGGGCUGGCCUUGUUGAGAAAGAUAAACUUUAAAAGAAACAAAAAAUGAAAAGGGAAUGCUGCUAUUUUAUUGGAGCAUAAUAUUUAACAGUAUCCGGGACACUGCCAGGGUCAUAUGCUCUUCUGCGAUGCAGCGGUGUGAGAGAAGUAACAAAUUUGGGGCGAAAUCUGAGAAUGGGGAGAGAGGAAAUGCUGGAGACUCUCCACCCUCCCACUCCAUGCAUUAGGGGCUUUAAUCCCCUGCUCCCACUAGGGCUGCAGCGUGCUGCAUGCUCCCCCCACAUCCAAGUAGAUCUCUAAACAGAAAUCAUCCUGCAGUUACUGCCAUAACACUGCCGCAAGCCCACCCAAAGGGGCUUUCAACAUGGCUGUCAGAGGGGAUUCAAUGGCAGAAUUGUUUCUAAAGGCACCUUACUGAAAUUAGGGAAAGGGAAGACCAGGGGAGCCAUGCAGGGACUCAGAGGCCCCUGCUCUCCAUGAGUACCAAGAUCCCUGUGGACCAAAAGCAAUCCAUAGGACAAAACCCUCUGUGAGUUCCACAGGGGAGCCAAAUCCUGUCCACCCUAUGGAGUUUCCUAGCCCCUCCCUGGAGGCUGACCUUCCUGGAGAGUGACCUGUGCUCUCCUCCCUAGAGGAGAUGCCUCUAGAUUAGGGUUGAGGCACAGUGGUAGGGUUGUGUGGGGAAAGCAUGAACAGACACUGCCCUUGUUCUGUGGUUAAAUAACAGGGAGACCGCAGUCUCCAGGGUCUCCAUCUGGUCACUUUCACAAGUGCUCAAUGGGAUGGCUGCUCAGAUCCUCUCUAGGGGGCUGUGUUGUGUCAGAGGUUUUGUGAGAAGUGCAGUUUAUUCCACUUACCACUCCGUGUUCAUAUUGACCAUAAGUACCCCCAGGUGCCAUUCCCUGAGCAUAUGCCAACUCCGCAGCUCUUCUUGCCAUUUCCACUUUAUAAGAGCCUGGGGGAGUCCAGCCAAUGCCUUUGAUCCAGUUCAAGUCAGACUUGUAUUUGACCUGGAAAAAUGCAAUAGACACCACUGGGUAUUAUCAGGUGUGGCUCUAGUUAGACUACACACAUUAAACGUUAGACAGGACACAUGCCAGGUCCUACAGGAUCGAGACUCAAACAGCUAUUUAUUCUUAGAAAACGGAUGCUCCUCUUUUUUUUACAAUAGGAUUUUUGUAAUAAUCAAGACUAGUAAGCAAGGAAGGGUCUACAAGGAUCACCAAGAGUAGCUGAUAGCACCUGGAGUGAGUGCUGAAGACACAGCUGAUAGAGCAAAUAUACUUACAUCACUCUGGAGUUUGUAGGCCUGUUUUGCAUGCUUCAGAUUCAGCUGCUCAGGAUCACAAGUGUACUGGGGCAGGGGCUGUUUGUAGUUUACAUUGCUGACUAGCUGCUGGCUCUUCUUAGCAUGGAUGAAUCUGGGCUGAUUAAUGUGACUCGUGAACUGUGUCCUGUUUUGGGCAAACUCCUUCUUGUAUUGGUUGUUGCUCUGGAGUUUUCCCACCCUGAUGAAGUGCCUCAUUUGGGGAUCAUCAUUCACAUUACGGAAUCCGAUCUGUUGGCCUUUAUCUCUCAGGAAGGCCUCUUUGUACCUGAACUGCAGGGCAUUGGAGAGGGAAAUCUCAUUUGUACAUUAUCAUACAACUGCCUUAUUAAUUGAAUUCCCACCCCUCCCAUCAAUAGCUCUCUCUUCAGCAGGCACAGGAUCCCUUCCGUGCACUUAAACCAAGAGGAGUCUAAGCCAUGUGUGUCUAUAUUUUUUUUGUAAAAAAGCCAUUAUUUAUAGUACAACUAUGUAACCACAGUAGAAUAAACUCUUUGGUAAUUGUUAAAGAAACAGGAAAAAAUGUAUGGCGCCACCACCCCUGCCAGUGUAGGACCAUUUCUUGGACAGCUGUCUACUUUUUGCCUUGAGCUGGCUAGUCCGUUUAUAAAUGACUCAAGCAAUGCAGUUUCUGUCACUACAAUUUCUUUGCCUAUGUGUUCACAGGGUGACCCAAUAUCUUGUGCGUUCACACUCAGGCUAAUAAGUGGCCUAGGUAAGCCCACUAUUUUGACCAAUCAAAAUCUUGUACUCAAUUUACAGUACUAUAUCAUCAGAAACCUACCCCACAUGACUAGGUCCUUCAAAAAUACCCGUCAAGUACUGUAUAUUAUGAAAUGGUGUUUAUAGUGGAAAACUUCUAACUUAAUUCUGCACAAACAUCUGGUUUGACUACAUAACCCCCUCAACCAAACUGGCCUCCAAGACCCACUUUUUAUGUCAGGGUUUAAUGGCUUUGUAGGAGUGUAUUUUGUAAACUGAACACUUCUUACAUCACUGGCAAUUUCUCUUGAAGCUUUAGCUGUCUGGAAUGGGAUGGCAUCCAACCUAAAAUCAUAGCCAGCUGCCCUGGUCUGUUCCCAAGCUAUUUUAUACAUUUUCUGUGUUAAAAAGAAGAGGAGAAAACAGUCAGUUUAUUAAAUCCAUUUUUGUGGCUGCAGUAAUAAAUGUUUUAUUCUAAAGGAUUCAUUGUCAUGAUGAAUCUGGACAGCAAUCUCCAGAGAUUUGGGAUCAGAUUCUAUAGCACUUCAGUUUCUUUCCUAUUAAACAUAAUGAUGAAAUCUCUCAUGUCUAAAUACAACCAUCAGGAUUUCUUUUUACAUUU